GCCAAGCCGAGACGCGGUAGAGGGGGAGGAACCCAGCGUGACGUGGCAACAUCAUGCUGCCUGCGUACCGCUCAUGGCGGCAGCUUACCCGCCUGGGCCAGUGUCGGUUUGCUUUAAGCAAAUGUUGGCAUCCACCUAGAGCCAGUACCAGGCUUCUUCACCAAACUCCUCCAAUGCGGGCGGACGUGCAGCUGACGCGGGAGCACUACCCGGUGACGCGCGGGUCCUACAGCGAGCUGACGGACGACGACCUGCAGCAGUUCCGCCGUAUUCUGGACGACGGCCGCGUGGUGACCGCCGCCGACGAGCUGGACAUUUACAACACUGACUGGUGGCGCACCUGUCGAGGCGAGAGCCGCGUGCUGCUGAAGCCGCGCACCACCGAGGAGGUGUCGCGCAUUCUGCGACACUGCAACGACCGCCGCCUGGCGGUGUGCCCGCAGGGCGGCAACACGGCCGUCGUCGGCAACGGCGUGCCAGUCUUCGACGAGGUCAUCGUCUCCACACAGCUGAUGAACCGCGUGCUGCACUUUGACGAGUUUUCUGGCGCGCUGACCUGCGAGGCCGGCCUGGUGCUAGAGGCGCUGGACACGUACGUCGUGCUGGCUGAUGGGCGGGUGAUCGACCUCAAGGUGGCUGUCACAUGUGCUGGCUACCCGGCCGCAGGACGGCUGUUACAUGUGCUGACUACCCGGCCGCAGGUGCUGGCUGACGGGGAGGUGGUCGACCUCAUGUCUGCCAUGAAGAAGGACAACACCGGCUACGACCUGAAGCAGCUCUUCAUAGUUGAGCCGUUCUCGCGGGACUUUGCUGAGCCGCCUGAGAACUAA